AAAAAAUCCAUGGCGGCCGAAGAACCAACCUACGAUCGCCUCGCCGAGCUCAUAGCAUUCGACGAGACGAAAGCCGGCGUCAAAGGCCUCGUCGACGCCGGAGUCACGGAGCUCCCUCGAAUCUUCCGCACCCCGCCCCACCUCGUCGACGACAGGCAGUCCGCUCCCGCCGCCGGCGACCCGGACUUCAUCUUCCCGAUCAUCGACCUCCACGGCGCGGCUACGGAUCCCGAGAAGCGAAACCAGAUCGUCGAGCAGGUCAGAGACGCGUCGGCGAAUUGGGGGUUUUUCGAAGUGGUCAACCACGGGAUCCCGACUGGCGUGGUGGAGGAGAUGAAGGCCGGAGUCCACAGGUUUCACGAGCUGGAGGUGGAGCAGAGGAAGCGAUUCUUCGGACGGGGAUCGGAGAAGAAGUUCGUCUAUAAUAGUAAUUUUGACCUCUUCAGCGGCGCGCCGGUGACGAAUUGGAGGGAUUCCACCAUUUAUCAGGCGGCGCCGGAGCCACCGGAGGAGAGCGAGUUGCCGGAAUGCUACAGGGGAAUUAUGGGUGAGUAUUCAGAGGAAGUGAUGAAGCUAGGCCAUCUCCUCUUUCAGUUGCUCUCAGAAGCUCUGGGUUUGGGCUCCAAUCAUCUAACAGAGAUGGAUUGUGGCAAAGGAUUAAUUGUUGCUGGACAUUACUUUCCACCUUUUCCCCAACCUGAGCUCGCAAUUGAUUUCGACUUCAUCACCGUGGUGCUACAGGACCACGUCGGAGGUCUCCAGGUCCUCCGUCGGAACCUAUGGGUCGACGUGCCGCCGUUGCCGGAGGGUCUGGUGUUGAUGUCUAAUGACAAGUUCAAAAGCGUGGAGCACAGAGUGUUGAUAAACGGCUCUGAGACCAGAGUGUCAGUGGCGGCUUUCUUUUUCGGCACGGCGUUGAAGCAUCAACGACUGUAUGGACCUAUAAAAGAGUUGGUAUCGGAGGAGAACCCGCCGAAGUACAGAGAGACGACGUGUAAGGAGUUCACCGCCGUGUCCUACGAGAAAGGUCUUGAUGGAAACUCGAGGUUCGGCAAAAAGAGAUCAGAAGAAAUACGACAACCCAAAACAAGAAAACAAAUAACAAUGGCUUCUGCCGCAACUACCAAUCCAGGUUACGAUCGGCUAGCGGAGCUGAAGGCGUUCGACGACACAAAAGCCGGAGUGAAAGGGCUAGUGGACGCCGGAAUCAAAGAGCUUCCCCGGAUCUUCCAUACCCCGCCGGAUUCCCUCAAUUGCAGACCCUUAGCUUCACCGGAGGAUCCCAAUUUCAUCCUCCCGGUAAUCGACCUUGAAGGUACGACAAACCCAGAAAGGCGCAAACACGUCGUCGAAAAGAUUAAAGACGCCGCAGCAAAUUGGGGUUUCUUCCAAAUCGUCAACCAUGGAGUCCCUGUAAGCACCCUGAAUGAGAUGAAGGCCGGAGUUCACCGGUUUUUCGAUCAGGAAGUGGAAGUGAAGAAGGAAUUCUACGGCAACGACCUGACCGGGAAAGUCGUCUACUCCAGCAGCUACGAUCUGUACACUUCGCCGGCGGCGACCUGGAGAGAUUCCAUCCUCUAUCAUAUGGUUCCGGACCCGCCGGAAACAGAGCAAAUGCCGGCCUGCUGCAGGGGAAUCGUGACGGAGUACUCAGGGGAGAUGGUGAAAUUGGGGGAUUUGCUUUUCCAAUUGUUGUCGGAGGCGCUGGGUCUGGGGACAAAUCGCUUGAAGGAAAUGGGCUGCGCCGACGGAAUGGCGACCCUGUGCCAUUACUAUCCGGCUUGUCCUCAGCCGGAGCUCACAAUGGGAAUCCAUCACCAUGCCGAUCUGGGUUUCAUCACGAUUCUCUUGCAGGAUGCCGUCGGAGGGCUUCAGGUUCUUCGCCGGGACUGUUGGGUUGAUGUGCCUCCUGUGCCGGAAGGUCUCGUUGUCAACAUCGGGGAUAUGUUUCAGCUGAUAUCCAACGGGAGGUUUCCGAGCGUGGUGCACAGGGCGGUGGUAAAGAGCGUCGGACCUAGAGUAUCCGUCGGUGCGUUCUUCCGUAAUGAAGCGUCGUCGGGUUCGAAAGUGUAUGGACCUAUAGCGGAACUGAUAACGGAAAAGAACCCUUCAAAAUAUCGAGAAGUCGCGGUUGGGGAUUUCUACAAGCAUAACGCAGGUGGCACCUACCUGCAGCAGCUUGAGUUAUGAGACAAUGCUUUCGAUACCGAGUAAGAUAAUAUUGUGUAAUAACGAUCUCGAUUUUGGGAUUCCAAAAUCUAAUAGUGUUGUAAAAUGAUACGAUAAGUGUUGUUAAAUCAACUCGAUAAUUUCACCAAGCAAAUGUACGAAUGUGAAUCACAUUAUGUGACAAAUAAAUUGACAAUGGAGUAUGGGUUCGCCAAAAAUUCUUAUUCCUUCCCAAUGUUUCCAUCAUUACAAAAGAG